GAUAACGUCCGUCACAUCGCCAACUCCUCGCUACGUCGAGCCGACUACGAAGGCCUUGAGGAUUCAAGAUGAGUCUCAUCUACCCUGCUGGCGGCGCAACGGCGGCCUUAGGUGUUGUUGGACUGUAUAUGCUGUUCAAUGGUGAAGGCGAGAAAUUCAAUGUAGGGCAAUUUCUCGAGACAGUUUCCCCUUAUGCCUGGGCAGAUUUGGGCAUCGGCCUAUGUAUCGGGCUAUCGGUAGUAGGAGCAGCAUGGGGUAUAUUCAUUACAGGCACAUCCAUCCUAGGCGGUGGCGUGAAAGCACCACGAAUACGAACGAAAAACCUGAUCUCAAUUAUCUUCUGCGAAGUCGUCGCCAUCUACGGAGUCAUCAUGUCGAUCGUUUUCUCCUCCAAGAUUCAGCUUGUCCCUGAAGAGCAACUGUACACUGGCUCGAAUUACUACACGGGGUAUGCACUGUUCUGGUCUGGAUUGACGGUCGGAAUGUGCAACCUCAUCUGUGGUGUCAGCGUUGGAAUCAACGGGAGCAGCGCUGCUCUGGCAGAUGCUGCUGACGCGAGUAUGUUCGUCAAGGUGCUGGUCAUCGAAAUUUUCUCGAGUGUGCUAGGUCUCUUCGGCCUUAUCAUUGGAUUGCUGGUCAGCAGUAAGGCUCAGGAAUUUCAGUGAUGGGAAGCAGAUAACCGACAUGGUAUGCGGCUGCCGAUACGAUGAGAGGGAUAUUAUAUACAACCCCACCCCAGAAAAGGAGGGAGAGAGGACGUUGGGGGUUUGUCAAGAGCCUUCCGCUUUGGACGCAGGUAAUACCCGUCAGUGUGGAGACAGGUCACUCGAGUCAGCGAGGACAAGUGCUACCAUACGACUUCUCCAGCCCCAGAAGAAAGAUUUAGGCCCUGCGAGGGGUCAGAUCCGGCAAAUAUGAACGAGCUAUGUAGAUGAUUACUGUAUAUCUAGGCUUCGUGCUCAAAAGAGACGAGCCAUGAUUGAAUUGCUUGGAAGCAACUUCAAAAUCCUCCGGGCAACAACUGCUUCCAUCCCGUCG